AUGACAAUCAUAAAUAAUAUUUCUACAUUUGGAUCAAAAAAUAAUAUGGCAAAUGCAACUCAAAAAAUUGAUUUCCAAAAUACAACAAAUCAAUUAAAUACAUCAAAUAAUAUUUCAAAUUCAUUACAAUCCAGUGCUAAAAUCAAUACAACAUGUGAUAAUUCUUGUAGUCAAAAUGAUAUAAUCAUAGGUGGAUACAAACUACCAAAAAGUAGUGAAUUACCAUAUGAUUGCACAAUUUGUUGA